AUGGCGCCUCAUCCCUUCAAGAUCCUCAGCAUUGGGGAGACUCGCCUCGCCCGCGAUGUCAUCCUCUCCCUCCACCCCGAUGUCGUUGUGGACUUCCGAGAGAUCUUCCUCCAGGAGCCCAACAAGGAGCUCAUGAAACAGUAUCUUGAGGCCGAACACGCCGCGCAACCCGGACAUUCAGCACACUCAAAGCGGCCGCCACGAUUGGCGAAGUGCAUGUACGAUGUCAUUGGCUCUGACAAGGUCCCGGAGUACCACGAGUCACUUGUCGACGUUGAGACGAAGAAGAGGGUUAAGCAUGAGGUCAUUGGGAAGGAGCACCAAGCUUCUCUGACGUUGUGGGAGUUUGAGCAUCUUGUGCAGGCUUGCAAAGAGAGCGACGAAUUCCAAGCAGCGAUUAAGGAAUUCCACCUACCGGAGGGCUUCGAGCUUGUCGUUGAGCCUUGGCCGUAUGGUGGACUUGAUGCUACCUCCGAGAACAAAAGGUACUUCCAAGGAUUGUGCUUCGGGCAGGACACUAGGAACGGCAACCCGGAUUCAAAUUUCUACGCCUAUCCUCUACCGAUCAUUCCCGUCAUGGACGCACAUACUCGCAAGAUAUGCCGUAUUGAUCGACUGGCUACUGGUGGAAAGGGAGACAGCUUGACGGGCAAGACUCACUCCCCCCGCAUCCUCGAUCAUUGCCAAUCCGCUGAGUACGUUCCGGAGCUAGUAGAAGGAGGCACACGAAAGGACAUGAAGCCUAUCAACAUUACUCAGCCGGAUGGCACUUCGUUCAAGGUCUCAGAUGAGUCUUUCGUCGAAUGGCAGAAGUGGAGCUUCCGCCUAUCAUUCAACCCUCGCGAAGGAGCUGUUCUCCACGACGUGCGAUACGAAGGCCGAAGCAUCAUUUACCGUCUCAGCAUUAGCGAGAUGAGCGUUCCCUAUGCUGAUGCACGAGCGCCCUUCCACCGCAAGCAAGCGUUCGAUUUUGGCGAUGGUGGUGCAGGAAACUGCGCGAACAACCUCUCUUUGGGCUGCGACUGUCUUGGUGUGAUUAAGUACUUCGACGCUGUCAUUGUUGGCUCAGAUGGUGAGCCAAAGGAGCAUCCCAACGUCAUCUGCCUGCACGAGCAGGACAACGGCAUCGGCUGGAAGCACACCAAUUGGAGGACGGGCCGAGCAGUUGUCACAAGGCUGCGCGAGCUAGUCGUUCAAUUCAUCAUUACCCUCGCGAACUACGAGUACGUUUUCGCAUACAAGUUGGAUACUGCGGGUGGGAUCACGCUAGAAGUGCGGGCUACAGGUAUCGUCUCUACCGUCAAUAUCGAUCCCGGAAAGACAUCAGAGUAUGGCAACGUUGUUUCGGGUGGGGUGCUCGCGCAGAACCACCAGCACAUCUUUGCGGCUCGCCUUGACCCUGCCAUCGAUGGCCACAACAACACGCUUCUCUACGAAGAAUCUCACACUGCCCCAUGGGAUAAGGAGACAAACCCCAACGGAAACUUUUACGAAAUCCGCAAGACGAUCGUGAACCGCUCACAAGGUCUUGACGCCGCGCCCGAACACAAUCGUACAUUCAAAAUCAUCAACCCGAACAAAAAGAAUAAGCUCAGUGGCAACCCAGUCGGUUACAAGUUCCAGCCACCGGCAACACAGAAGCUACUAGCAGCCACUGGCAGUCUGCAAUACCAGCGAGCUCUCUUCACACAACAUCACGUCUGGGCGACAAAGUACCAAGAUGACGAGCUAUACGCUGCAGGGCGGUAUACGCUGCAGAGUCAGGUGGAGGUUGGCGGCGUACAUGACAUGGUCAAGCGGAAAGAUGAUAUCACGAACGAGGAUCUCGUCCUCUGGAGUGUGUUUGGAUUGACGCACAACCCCCGCGUGGAAGACUGGCCGGUCAUGCCUUCGGAAAUUUUCCAGGUGCAUUUCAAGCCUUCGGACUUCUUCGAGAGGAAUCCGGCCAUUGAUGUGCCGUCGUCGAAGAAUCAAGCUAGUGUGCUGGCGAAGGACUGCUGCUCUGCCGGUCAGAAGCUAUAG